AUGGCGUCAACACAGCAUGACUGUAAAUACGAAGUUGUGUCGCCACAGGGCAAAACUACAGGAUCAUCUAAGGAUUCCGAAGGCCAUAAAGCACCCCCCAAAAAACGCUUCUGGGUCCGCUCCAUCAGUUGUGUCCUUUGCCCUCCUAUCUUCACAGCAUACUUCAUCUGGACAUAUAUCGAGUUUCUUCGCCCCGAGAGUCUUCGCCGCAGCUCAACUUCGCCAACCUACAACGGGACAUAUGUCUGGUGGUCGUGGUUUGUCAUCGGCGCCCUUGGGCUAAAUGUCUCCACCUACAUUCUCGCCGGGGUCGAAGCAGGUAUGCUGAUAACGCGAAGGCCGGGAGUUUUAACUACCCACCAGGUGGCUAUGCACAAGGAUAAAUCCUGGAGCAAGAUCAGCGAUUGGAUCAAGGUUCUACGAGCGAUUUUAACCAAGACUAAUGGAAACGAUAAGGCUUUCUCGUGGAUAUGGCUUCCGUUAUUUAUCCUGAGCUUCUUGUCCUGGGCUUUCGUCCUCACCGGUCUUACAAUGGGGACCCAGGACUCGUUCAAGCCAGGGAAAACACCAGGAGUACAAGUUCUAGGGCCUAAUGUAACCAAUUUCAAUCGUCGCGCUGGUUUCGACGUCCUCGAUGCGGCAAAUCAAAACUGGGGUCAAACACAAGAAGCAAAGAUCCCCUGGGUCGGCGCUUUAUAUUUCACCCCUGACUUCGCAAAAAACAUCAACAUGACCACCGGAAACACAUUGCCGUCUGGCACUGAGCACCCAAUAUUCCUCGCGCCACAGGCUGAACACCCUGUCACUGGCGAGGCGUGGGGUAUCCUGCUCAAGUACCAAUGUACACCGAUCACUGAGUUGUCUGACUUCAGACUGCUCAAUCACCGCAUCAACUCCUCCAACCCAGGGUAUAUCUAUGGUGUCGAACGUAAGGAGGAUGCAAAGUUCAGUCUUUGUCUUGAGUCCGACGUGCCGCCUCAUAUUUACUAUGUUAAUCCUACCGCUAACGGCACAAUAUCUCUCUUAUCCCCCCAGGCGGAUACAGAAAGCAGUAACAUUUUCAUGUUCGCAGAAGUCGCCCUUCCUGAAUCCGUCUAUGGCCUUACCGAUAGCACGCGCGACUAUAGUACCAACGGCAUAUACAGUAUUGACGAUGAGAUCGUCUUAGAGAUGGCACUCUGGCAAUACGUACCUGUCAAUGGUCUACCAGAUGGAGAACCCGCGUGGCAACAAGGCACGAUCCGCGAUUUGAAGGGCGAACACGUUUUUAGAUGGCCUUCAAUGAACCAAACUACUCCGGUCACUGACUUCCCAUUGCACGCAAUCGGGGUCCAGUGCACGUCAUCCUCAGAGACUGGCAGAGCGCGUCUCGAUGGGAUCUCCGGCACCUUCCACGAUUUUCGUCGCGAGAACGCCUACCUUGACGAAAACAACGUUGCCUUUAUCGGCCUGCCUCGCUUUAGUCUAGCCGUCCCCGCCAUGUUCCUACCGGGGAUCCGCGGCGAUUCCGCAUUCGGCUCUACGAGCGGGUCAGGCGGCAUAUACCCAAAGCUGAAUGAAACAUGGCUCCCAGAUCCAAAUCCAUAUUAUAACGUUGAGCUCACGGAUACGGUAUAUUGGAUGCAAAACCGCACAUCACCAGACUGGAUGAGGCCACUCAUACAAUCAGCCGGUCUGCCGAGUAAUAUGACGGGCAAAGAUGAGUCAGAUUACAUCCAGUAUGACCGGCCCAUCACACCUUCUGAACUCCAGCAUGCGAUGGAAGAAGCCCAUAAGCUCGUUGCUGUUUCCCUCAUGUACGAUCAGCACCUGGCGCCGGGGAAAGCGUGGGCCCAUCCUGACUUGGUGGCUACCGAACCUUGGACACAACUGGUAGCCGCAGAAAACAGUGUGCCGCCAUUGCUAGUUUUGGUGAUGUUGGUGAUGUGGGCAGUAGGCUGCGUGGUGCUGGGGCUCAUGUAUGGCUUUAAAAAGAGGUGGGAUGCGUAUUUCAGUGUGAGGAGUCUGUAUUGGUAUUGUAUCAUGAUAGCCAACCUGGAUCCGGCCGAAGUGAUGCGGAGUUGA